UAAAAGCAAGAGAGCUGAAGUGUAAGAUAAGUGUUUAAAACAAACAUAGGGCCACAGUGUCAGCAUGAGAACGACUUUUAGUAUUGCGUUGACACAUCCUGAAAACUUUUGCUAUUGCACAAAGAGGGUAAAAAUAGAAGUUGUGAGGGGAAGAACUGCUACAAGGAGACGGACGACAGCUGAACACACGCAUACCGAGCGAGGAAAAGAGCAGAACUUCAAGUUGGCGCAACAGUCUGGCUUUAGGAUGUUCUUUCUCACCUGGGCUCCUUUGUUCUUCCAUGUGAGCGACUACACAGCAGCAGUCGCCUCACACAGCGACGACUUCUGCGAGAAGGGCUUUUGCAUCAGCCUCAGCAAAAGCCAAAUUGUGUCCGAGGUGGGACUCUGCGUGGUCAUCCCGUGCUCCUUCUCCUCCGCCUUCACGCCUCACAGCUUGGUGUGGUUCAAGUGCCCCCGAACCAAAAGCAGAUGCAGCGACACGGAGAUCAUCUUCCACUCCAAGAACCGCGGCAAAAUUCAAGAGCGCUUCCGGGAUCGAGUUGGAAUGUUGGAGCCCGACGCGCGUCGCGGGAACUGCAGCAUCGUGGUCAACGACCUCACAUUCUCCGACUCCGGAUCCUAUCAGCUGAGAGUCAACGGUUUGGUGUCGUCCAAGCCGGACGGAUUUACCUUCACGCGACGCCCCUUGGGGGCUCUCAGGAAACCCACUGUGCUGCUCCCCAAGAUGACUGCUGGUCAAGCAGCGACGCUCACCUGCGUGGCCCCGGGCCUCUGCUCCACCGCCUUCAUCCCCACCAUCCAUUGGGCGUGGAGCGGAGCCACGGACAACGACACUCGCCCCGCCGUCACCGACCUGGAUUUGGGGAUGGCUGCUCAGAGAUACUAUUCAACUUUGACCUUUAACGUCACCGCCGAACACCACGGCCGCGGCGUCACUUGCGCAGUCUCCUUCUGGAGAGUCAACGUGACCACGGAGAUGACGGUGACGCUGAAUGUUAGCUAUGCCAAGCUUCCAUCCAUUUUGGGGCAGACGACAUUGAAGAGAGGUGACACCCUGAGUCUUUUGUGCAACGCUGACAGUUUCCCGCCCUCUUCCAUUACGUGGAACGUGACAAAUGUGCCGCUCGGAUCACAGCUGAAGCCAAGCUUAGCUAGCGCCUCUCUCGUUAUCCCCAACGUAACGGCGGCCCACUCCGGACGCUACGAGUGCGUAGCGACAAACCGUACGGUGCACGUGGAUGUGAUGGUGACAUGGUUCGCAGGGAUCGUCAACGGGUCUGGUUGUUGGCUCCAGGGUCAGCUGUUGACCUGCGUGUGCAUCAGCGGCGGGGUCCCGCCACCUGCCAUCACAUGGCCGUCGCUGGCCAACAGGACGGUCUGCGGCGCCGUUACCGCCGUUUCCGCCGACAGCGUCACCAGCAACGUCACGCUAAUUGGCGACCAUCUCAACAUCUCUGCCGUGGAGUGUGUGAGCGUGCAUAAAGAUGGCGAGGACAGGAAAAUACUCAAGCUUCAAAUAACAUUGGAACAAGAGGACCAAGGGAUGAAAAAGUUGGUAUCCAUGCUUCGUCUGGACGUCUUGAUUGCAUUUUUCAGCGGUGCGUUCGUGUCUGCUUUGUUGUGCUGGCUGGCCAGGACCUGCUGCAGUAAAGCAAAGAAAAGCCCCGGGCGUUUGGAUCUGGAGCCGUUGGCCUCGCAAGAACUCGAUUCAUUCAACAGCUAAGACUCACACUUUUGUUUUACUGUCGAAAUGAACGGCAAUCGAAUUUGCUUUGCUAUCUUCCAAAAAAGCAGCAUCAAAAGUGAAAAUUGAUGAUAUCAGCGCGCUCGUUGCUGGCUAGCUCAUUAGCCAGCAGCUAACGCUAGCAGAUGAUAUUGCUCGGGGGUUUGGUUUCCAGAGUCAAACCGUUCCUAACUGUCAUCGGUGUCAAACUAGAUCUAGCGACAGUGUCUCCAAAGAAUUCCAAUCAACGGUCGCCUCGAAAUACUUUCAAAGGCUCUUUUCUUUGAGUAGUAGUUCCUAGUUCUCUGAAUACUUGAGAAGGCAAUUCUUUCGAAGAAGGUGAUGACAUUUCAGGUGGAUGUUCUCUCUCGUCAGCAAUACCACCUCAAAAAUGUUGGAUGCGAGGAGGACAGCAAAGCGGAUGUGGCCUACGCCAGCAUCACCUUUUCCGCAAUGAGGAGAAACGACACCAGGAAAGUGACAACCAAUCACCAGGGCACUGAGUAUGCCAUGAUCAAAACCAAGGAGGAUGCUGACCAAUUACUCGAGCGUAAUGACCAUAAGGAAGAGGAGGGAAUGAUGGUGGAGGAUGGAACACAAUGCAUCAGUGACAAGCAAGAGAGGGAUGAGAACGAGGAGGCCUUGUACUCAAACGUGGGAUGAUGUCGUGAACGCUCGGUCGGUCAAUCUCUGCUGUGCAGCCACAGCAAAGCAACAAAACAAAAAGUCACAGGGAAAAUGUUCAUUCAAGUCUAUUGAAGACGACAAUCGUGACAAUGCACAAAUUUAUGUACACGUGUUUCUAAACACUCUUUAGUUUUCAUUUGAUAGCCUUUCAAAGCCGUGUGAAAAAAGAAAAAUAUCAUGAAAUGAUGACAGACAAUAGUAUUUCAAGAGAAGUGGUACAGACAAUGGAUGGAUUUUUUGAUGAAGUUAUAUCAGUAGAUGUGCUUUUCAAAAGUAAAUGCAUCAAAAUAUAAAAUGUUGAAUUAUUAUUAUAUAUUAAAAUGUAUGAAUUCAA